GCGGGGCUUGACGCCUGCUCGCGCCCUUCACACGCUUUUAGCCCAUACUGUAGUUAUGAAAGCUGAAUUAGUCCUGUAUUUUCUAUUCUAACUAUUUCUGUACUUCUAAUUAAGACAAAAAAACGUCAGCUCAUCCUCCUGACGGUGGGAUCAAACCAGCAGCCUUUGCAUUCCAGGCUGACGCUCUACAUAUUAAGCUACUGUACCCUGUUAAGAAACACUGAGCAACAAACAUAUAAACCGAGGGUCACAAGACGAUCCAGAGGUGGGAAGAGGAGCAAACACACCAGCAAUGUCCACCCUGCUGCCGACCCACUCUGGACACUCUGGUUGGCCUACGAUCACAUGAUAAAGACGAAGCCUUAAAAAGUUGCGGCCGCCUGCCAGAGACCCCAGUCCUCCCAGUACGAGAGACACCAGCUGGUCUUGGUGUGGCUCUUCCUUAUUUCUCCCUGGAAACCCUUCGAGGUAGCGUCAUGUCCGACAUUGAGGAAAUUGUGGAAGAGUAUGAGGAAGAGGAAGAGGAGGAAGAGGAGCAUGAUGAUGAAGCAGAAGAGAAAGAAGAAACGAGUGGACAUGAAGAGUUGAAGCCACGACCUAAGACGACCUACGUGCCCAACAUCGCUCCUCCAAAGCUCCCCGAUGGAGAGAAGGUAGACUUCGAUGACCUCCACCGCAAGAGGCUGGAAAAGGACUUCAACGACCUCCAGUCGCUGAUCGAGCUGCACUUCACCAACCGUCAGAAGGAGGAGGAGGAGCUGAUCGCGCUGCGGAACCGGAUCGAGCGGCGCCGCUCCGACCGGGCCGAGCAGCAGCGCGUCCGCGCCGAGCGCGAGCGCGAGCGCCAGGCGCGGCUGGCCGACGAGAGGGCGCGGCGCGAGGGCGAGGCCGCCAAGCAGCGCGCCGAGGAGGAGGCCAAGAAGAAGAAGAUCUUCACCAACAAGUCCUUCGGCAGCUACCUGCAGAAGGUGGACCAGAAGAAGGGCAAGAAGCUGACGGCGCGGGAGGAGAAGAAGAAGGCGCUGCUGGAGCGCAGGAAGCCGCUCAACAUCGACCACCUCAACCAGGAGAAGCUGGCGGAGAAGGCGCAGGAGCUGUGGCAGUGGCUCCACCAGCUGCACGCCGAGAAGUUCGAGCUGGGCGAGAAGCUCAAGAGGCAGAAGUACGACAUCCACGUGCUGCGGAACAGAGUCAGCGACCACCAGCGGGGCUCCAAGACCUCCAAGAGCUCCCGCGGGGCCAAAGGCAAGUCCGGCUCCUGGAAGUAGGAGCCACAGGACGGCCAGGCUGCUCCGGACUAUCUGAGUCGAGGGGUGGGGGGUGGAAGUCAAUUAAACAUCUUGAAUGCUG